UUUACAUUGAAUCGAUGAAGUAGUUAGGGACUCCAUAUUGGACUUGUAUGAACGCGUCGAAAGCACAUAAUCUGGUCGACGUGCUAUAUAUAAUACCCCGGUGUUGCUUAAUCCAUAUUAUUAAAGCUUCGGAAGGGUGCUGUAGUCCCUUCUAAAGAGUACUUAAACUGAAUAACCACAAUAAUAAUGCCACCGAAGAGAAAAGCAGGAACUGACGGCCGUUUUAAAACGAUCAAAGUUACAGCGAAAACGCCAAUAAAAGACUUGGUUGCUUCAAAGAAAUUGGUCUUCGAAAAAGGGAGAGGCUUUUACCAACUCACCAAACCAGAAAUAAUUCAAGAUAACAAAGAAAUCGUAGCCAGAAGAAAAAGCGAUGGCUCAUUCAUUUCAGGCGAUACAGUCCGGAGUGCGUUAAGUAUUCCUGCUGAUGCAGCUGUCAAGAAGUUCAAAUUAGAUUUAUCCAAACUGCCGGACUUUGACGUGUUUAUCCAGAGUACUUCUUACAACAGGGCGUUAAUGCCCAAUACAGAGUUUCUUUAUGACGUAGGAGGUCCUGACACCUCUGCCACCGGUGACGAUGCUGAAGAUGAGCCACCAGUUAAGAAAACGAAGGGAAAAGCUGCUGCUCCGAAGGCAACCAAAAAGGCUGCUGCUCCAAAGACUGCUGCUCCUAAAGGACGUGGUAGAGGAAAGAAGGCUGCAGAGGAACCAACCGCUGAAGCUGCUGAUGAUGAAGACGAAGAAACAUCUCCAUCGAGUCCUACAAAACCCAAAUCGACCGUUCCUCCCCCAGGUGCUGGUGGUCCCAUCGAAAUCGUAUUCACAUUUGAUACAACAGGUUCAAUGUAUCCAGCAUUAGGCCAAGUGAGAAGCAACGUCCAAAAUAUGAUAAAACGACUCAACAAAGAGAUCCCGGGAAUCAGAAUCGCCAUAAUAGCACAUGGGGACUACCAAGAUAAAGGCCAUCCUUAUUGUACCUGCCAUUUAGAUUUCACAGGGGACGAGAAGAAGCUGUGCAAUUUUGUUAAGACAGUGAAAAGUACGUGUGGCUACGACGCUGACGAAUGCUAUGAGCUUGUACUUCACGAAGCCAGGACAGAACUCUCUUGGACGCCUGGUACACAGCGUUCAUUGGUAAUGAUAGGCGAUUGUAACCCUCACGAGCCAAACUAUGGCCUCAAUAAGAAAAAACUAGAUUGGCGCAAAGAAGCAAAAGCACUUGGAGAAAUGGGUGUCCGAAUAUAUGGUUGUCAAGCUUUAAAUUAUGGGGCAGCUACCAAUUUCUACCGAACCAUCGCCAAGUUGACUGGCGGUUAUCAUUUGAAUCUUGACCAGUUUGCAGCCAUACAAGACUUCAUGAUGGCGAUCUGCUUCAAUGAGAGGGGCAUGGACCAACUUCAGGCAUAUGAGGCGGAGGUGAAGGGGAGAAAGAAAGGUGGAGGCAUGAAUCGUGAACUCCAUCGUCUAUUUGAUACACUUAAUGGAAGAACCAAAAGUACAUUUGUUGCGGGUGAUGUAGACGGUGAUCUCACUGCAGUCAAUCCAUCACGUUUCCAGAUCCUCCACGUGGAUGAGAAAUGUGCCAUCAAGCAGUUCGUUCAGGACAAUGACCUUGUCUUCAAAGCAGGUCAAGGCUUCUAUGAGUUCACCAAGCCAGAGCUGAUAUCUCACAAGAAGGAAGUUGUACUGGUUGACAAGGCAACGGGUGACAUGUUUACUGGGCCUGAGGCCUGCGCUCUCAUUGGUGCAGGUGGUAGUAGCAAGAUUAAGCCAGCAGCUCUCGAGAAGUGGCGUGUUUUCGUCCAGAGUACUUCAUAUAAUAGAGUGUUAAUGCCAGACACAGGAUUCCUCUAUGAAGUUGACCCUGAUAAAUAAUUACUUCACUGU